AUAUGUAAACAUUCGAUUCUUACCUGACUGGACCAAACAAGAUAGAAAAUGAGGAUCAAAUGUGAAAUGGACAUUAUAAAUCGUGUUCUGCCAUCCCUGAAUGUCAAGAAAGGAGGCAAGGGCUGUCACACACAACUGUCUAUAGGAAGGAAACCACAGUCUGAUUCCAAAGAAGGCAUACUCUUUCUGAUGGCAUGCACUGCAAAAGAUAGAAAUGGGGCAAAGUAUCAAAUUAAAGACAAUAUAGAGCAAAUAUUUGCCAAAUUUAUAAAUGAAGGAAAAGCGACUAUUCGCUUGAAAGACCCCCAGCAAGAUUUGUGCUUGUGCAAGGCUGAUCCACUGCAGCUGAAAAAUUUCCUGACAUUGCUACGGAAGGCAUCUCUAGGUGAGAAUAUAGAAAAGAUCAGCCUGUCCACACUGGCCCCAGUGAGUACUAAAAGUGUUGACAAACCGAAAACAAAAAUGUCAGUAACAUCCAGAAAAGACUAUCCUCUCACAAAGAGCUUUCCUUCACUGCUGGAACAUCUUCACAUCUCUCAGUGUCGAAUGAAGAAGAUAGAUUCCAGAAUAUUUCAGCUAAAAAGGCUUCUUCAUUUAGACUUGCAAGAAAAUGUCAUUGAAGAGUUACCCCAGACAUUUUCUCAACUUACAAAUUUACGAGAGCUUAUGCUUUCUAGAAACAAGAUACAGACACUUCCUACCUCUCUCUGCCUACUGCCAAAUUGGAAGGAAACUCUGUCAUUAUUGGACCUCAGUAACAACCUCAUAAAUCUUCUGCCCAUUCAGCUCUGUGAACUGGAUAAUCUUGUGACACUGAAGGUGGAUCACAACAAACUGCAGAACUUUCCACCCACAAUUGGAAGACUCAAAAAACUUAAAUAUCUUUCAGCGAGUCAUAACAAGAUAGAAACACUUCCAUGCGGUUUUAUGCAGUUACGACUUGAACAUCUCGAUCUUUUUAGUAACCCAUUUGCUGACGUUACAAAGAGUGAUCUUGAAGAGAAAGAGUGGCAAGUGCCAUCUUUAGUGGAGUGUUGUGGAAGAAUGAUUAGAAAAAAUAGGUUGGCAUACAGUGAUGAGGACCUGCAUACUCAUCUCUGUCGCUACCUGGACUCGGCUCGAGUUUGCUGGUGUGGAGGGUUCUGUUUUGAGGGCUGUGUCCGAGCAAUGACUUCUUUCUCAUUGAAGACUCUUUCACCCACAGUUUCUGCAGUAGACCUGCAGGGAAGAACAGACGUUCCCGUCCUUUUGUUUUUGUGUUCACCACAAUGUCAGCAUAAAUAUAGAAUAAAUCCUUAUGCUUACUGGAGGUGAUGUCUACUUGAAACUUCACGACUGUAAAUCGCAGUUUUGCAAGCAAUUUGUUUUGGACAAAUGACUGCAGUUUAAUUUUAUGUGAUGUCAUUGAAAUUUGAGAGGUACUAUUUGAAAUGAUUUAUUAUUUGUAAGCAUAUAGGCACUCCCUACUUUCUUUAUGUGUUGUCAAACUUUACUACUCAUUAAUAUACAUUGUAUUACUGUAGGCGUCCUUAUUUCUGUGCUAUGUGUGCAGCCACAAAUCUUCUGCAGAAAAUUGUCACAGCUUACUUUAAAGAAGCAAUAAAAGAAAUCAACAUAA